AUGGCUAGUGAAAUAGCUAAUCACAGUUUCAACUAUAGAAUACAAACAGUGAUUGUAUGGAACGACGUGGACGAAUUUGUUGUAAAUAAAUUCAUAAAAUCUUAUAAAGGCACAGUAAUGAUGGAAAAGAGAAAUGCUCUCCGUCCACAACAAGUUGUCUUGAUCAUCAAAACCUAUUAUUCUUUAAUAAAAAUUCUUUAUCACCUAAAACCUGAUCUAAAAGGGAAGACUCUUCUUGAAAGUGAAGCAAAAUUUCUCAUAAUUCUUCUGUCCUAUCCGCAUAGACUAGAAAAGAUCAAUAAACUACUCUGGAGCUAUUACGCAACAGACGUUGUUAUUUUAAUCAGAGAUAAGAGACAAAACAUCGCUUUAUACACAUACUUCCCUUACAAGAACCCUAUGAGUUGUCAGAACGUCGAACCGACUCUCAUGGGUUUCUGGGAGAAUGGAACAAUACUUUCGAAAGAUUUAUAUCCUAAUAAAAUGAGCAACAUGCAGGAAUGUCCGCUAUAUAUUUCAACUAACAAAGUAUUUCAUCCAACAACAGAACACAAAAUAACUGGAGAAAUUAUCAAAAGAGAAAUCAUCAGAUUGCUUAGGGAUGCCAUGAAUUUCACACCAAUUAUUUCGACAAGAGAUUACCUCUCUAUCGACUCCGAUGAAGCAAAGAUUUGGUCGGAGACGGUUAACGACAUAAUAACAGGUUCUUCAAACAUAUCAACCUGCAGUAUUUUGCCAUUUAUGGAUAGAUUAGGAUUCCUUGACUAUUCGGUACCCUAUUUUAGAGUAACAUUAGCGUGGCUUGCUCCUUCUCUCGUGCCCAGGCAAAUUUGGUGGCGCCUUUUAACUCCAUUAAAUGGAUAUUUAUGGCUGGUUCUCUUACUUGUCGUAUUCAUAGUUAAAUCCGUUCCAUUUCUUAUGAAAUUUUCUUACGUGAAAAAGUUUAUAAAAAAACAUUUUAAGGAUGCUGAGAAAUUACAUAGCAUUACAAUAAGAAUUUGGGCUGUGAUGAUGGGACAACCAAUUAGAGUAACGCCAAGACGCUUUAGAGAUUUUUAUGUUCUUGGUCUGUGGAUAUGGUUUACAUUUGUUGUGCGAAAUGCAUAUCAAAGUGUUUUGAUUGGAGCCUUAAAAUCUGACGUCACUGUUGGAAAGUUUACAAACCUUAAGGAAGCUCACGAUUAUGGGUACAAAUUCGGUGGUAGAGCUGGAGUUUUGGCUCAUUUUGAACAUGAUCCUUUGAUACGUGAGGGGUUCCAAAUAAUACCAGAGUCCGAAUUCGAGAAAGUUUUACAAGAGAUACUGGGUGAAAGAAAAAAGUUUUUACUCGCCGUAUCAUUAGAUUACGUAUUUGCUUAUUGUAUAUCCCAUGGGAUUAAUGAGAAUGAUUGUGGCUACGUUCUGCCAGACUCCAUCAUGGCGAUUCCUUCAAUGGUAUGGAUGCCUAAAAACUCUCCAUUCAAAAGGUCAAUAUCUCUGUGGCUUCCCCGUCUCCUUGAGAGUGGUUUACUAAAUAAAUAUGAUGUUAAUAUACCCAUUAUUACUACUUUAAAAACACGUGAACCGAGUCCUCUAACGAGUACUCAAAUCAGCAGUUGUUUGCUUUGCCUUGUUGUUGGUUAUGUUGUGUCGGUUUUAAUGCUUCUUCUAGAGAUUAUAAAAUUUAAAAUACUUAAAACCAAAACGUUUGAGAAAUUUAAACGACGAAGCAUAAUUAUUAAUGUCUAAGUUUUAAUUUUGUUAUGAAAUUUAUU